CUGCAGACACUACAGCACACACAGCGGCGACACGUAGCAUCUAACCUGCGGUCAACCCAAGAUCGAAAUGCCAACGUCCAAGUCACCACACGCGAAGGCAACGAAAACGAUGAACGCCUCGGCAGUGCUGAUCCUGGGCUUCCACGCCACGACCGCCUUCGUCACCUCUGCCGGUCCUCGUUCGCGGAGCACCACUGCCGCCGGUGUCCACAGCGCCAAGGCGGCCAUCAGCACCAGCAGGGCUGACACAAGCAGGAUGUUGGCCAGCACUGGCACUGGGUUUUUCGAAUCUCUCUUCGGUGGACAGAAGGCGAAGAAAAACAACUCCGGAGAGACGGCCCGGCUAAGCGAGGAGCUUUUCGACUUCCUGACCGCCGAGGGCGCCAAGCCUGACGAUGUGGCUGUGAUGGAGAAGAUCGAAGAGCUUGAGGCGGCCCCAGGAGUUUCGUUCAACAAGGACUACUUGUACGAUGGGCCGUGGCGGGUGCUGUGGAAAACCAACACGGCUUGGCAGCGGUACUUCGAUCCCCUCAAAAGCGUGGCCGAUAACCGCGCGUAUCAGUGGUACAAAGAGGAUGGAUCGGUUACCAACAUUGCACAAGCUCUGGGCGACAAGUUGUACGUGACUGUAGACGGACAGGGCUCCCCGGCAUCUACGGAUACGGACCUACCGUACGAGGUCAACGUGGAGGUUUCCCGAGCAUGGCUUCACGCGCUGGGCAGGAAGAUACCGCUAGACUUCAUCAAGGGGAAAGGGACAACGUUCGUGGUGUACAACGACGCCAGGUUGAGGAUUUUCCGGUCCGAUACCGGUGGAGUUGUUGUGCAGACAAAAGCCGACGAGAUUGUGCCUGUGUGACUUGAGUUCACGUGGCGAUUGUGGCUACGAAUCCCUACCCACCGCGGUCGAGAGGUUUACGAUGAUGAUAGCUUUGCGUCGUCAACAUGACAACUUUUUACACGCAAGAUUCUAUUUUAGAUACGGCAAGCCGUUGUGGUUGGUCAUUCAGUAGAUUCAGCAACCUGUUUGGGGAUGUCUCGCUUGGAGUGGUCGAUUCCCGUUGGUGUUGGCUCAAAGUCUGAGGAAUGCGGGAAAUGUACGCCUCUUUGCUUGGUUUGGGGCCUAAGACAGUAGUAUAUCUGCACUCGCUGCGCGCGGGAUACAGACGUGAACACACGCAAUGUUAACAUUUACG